AUGGAACUUUGCCAUCAUCACACUCACCUUGUUUCUUUGUUGCAUGGGAAGAGGGUGGUUCCAAAAGGGGUUGGCAAGUCUGAAGGGUUUGACUCAGUUUCUCACACACCCAAUUUCGAUCUCUUUCAAAGAACCCUAAUUCGCAACAAGGAAAGGAAAAAUAGGGCAAAUGAGCAGCGAGAUGUGGCAUGGAUUGAGGAAUGA